AUGAGUUUCAACGUCGUCACACCACAAACCCCCCUUCCCCCUUCAAUCCUCCACCAACUCGCCCUCGGUAGCCCCCUAGACGAAAUCUCCAACUACCCAGGAGGCAUACGACAUCACAUAUUUUACCACGGCGAUCGUAAAAAAAAGACAAACAAGCUUGAACGAUCGAUGCUCUUCUUUGUCUACCAGACCGGCAGGUUUGGCCCACAAAACGGUUUCCGCCUCUGUCUUGUUCAUCAGGGGUUUCAUAUCGCGUCUGCGACAAAGGGCGAGGAGGGCCUAGAGGAUGAUAUCGAUCGAUUGGAACGGGAUAUUCCGCAGGGGCAUAUAGAGAUUGUAGUUCUGGGAGAGGCGCCGGUUUAUGUCAACGAUGAGGAUGGCGGUCACAUCACCCCCCAUUCACCCUGCCAGUCUCAGCAUACGGAUGAUAUCGGAAAAUCGUCUCCUUGGGCGAGUCUUUGGGCCGAAACAUACCAAACAGUCAAAGACGACCCGGAGCAUUCUCACCUGCUGGAGACAUUCGAAACAUACCUGCAAGAGGGAAAAUAUGCUGAUUUAGCUGAUGCCCCCGCUGCCUCUCAUCUCGAAGCAACACCGUCCUGGCAUCAGCAGGGCUCGGUGGCAAGCGGUUUUUCAUAUGGUUAUUAUCCCGGGCCGGUUUCAUUCUCCGAAGACGGUAGACUGGUUUACUUUGCAGCACAUGAAUGGGUCCCUUCCGCAUUGAUGAGGGUAGAAACUGGAGAGUGUAUCAAGAUCGUCAUUCGGUCAAAAUCAGGGAUAUUCUCAACAUGGACUCAACGGGCUCAAGGAUCAUCCUUGGGGGGUAUUGAGGACAUGGCGCUCUCGCCAGAUGGAAAGCUGUUGGUCAGUGUAACCGAUGAAGGGUGUGUCAAGCUUCACGAUGCGGAUACAUUGGAGGUAAUCGGAGGCUUUUACGCCCCUGGGACGAUUACCAGCGUUGCAUUUUGCAGAGACAGUAAAAGGUUUGCGUCAUAUGGCACCGCUGGCCUUCAGCUUUGGGAUACGAGCAGUAUGACCAACGGACAACCCAUGAAAGCACCAGCAAGCUUUGGGGAUCUGAUGUUCUUGCCCAACAGUGAUGACCAGGUGCUGAGCUGUUUAGAUGGCGAGUAUAGACUUUGGGAUGCGUCUGGUGGGCAUGCCCUGGAAGGGCUCUUCGCUUGUGUUCUGAAAGCAGGAACCUCUCGAGAACCUCGAUUUUCGCAGGACGGCACGCGCGGUGUGUUGUCGAGCCCCGGCAAGUUGCGGAUAUUCGAUAUGAAAACAGCCGAGGAGAUUUUGGUGCCACAUCCUGGAUUGAGGGACCUUGUGUUUGGAUUCUCCCCGAACGGCCAGUUCAUCUGGUGCUGGUCCCGGGGGAUGCAAGACUUCUCUCAGUUUCAGCUAUGGGACCUCGGAGCGCGGGAACUAAGACUAUUGCGGGAGCUCAAGAGCCUGGACCAGCUGUGGCACGUGUCAGCUGAUUGUGUCAUUAAAAACGACGGUCUCAUCACAGGGUGGAACACGGACUAUUUGAGUGAGAAGUUUUCUUUGGAAGGCACGAGUUUUGUCGACGACAUUUGGAGCCUGGUUAUGACUCCGACAGGCAAACUUGCGGUACUGAAGCAAGGUUUCAUCGGUGGACCCUUUCCCACAUUGCAUCUGUGGGAAAUUGCCACUGGAGAGGAGAUUGGGAGCUAUGGCAUUGAAGGUCGGCCUGGCGAGCUAUGGCUUUCCGAAGAUGACCGAUAUCUGACAUGCCGCAAGGGGCGACUUCCUCUCCCAUCUUCGCUCCCCAAUGAUGAGCAAUCCGACGCUGGGAAGUUUCAGGAGGACUGGCAAGAUCUCCUUUACGUGGGAGAGCAAUGGGUCUACCAAGGACUCACGAGGCUUCUCUGGCUCCCAUCCCAAUAUCAAAAUCUCACUGUCACUGCCAGAGGCGAAACUGUUGCAUUUGGUCAGGGCGACCUCGGGGUCCAGUUUAUUAAAUUUGACCUUGCAAAGACGCCGUUGGUGAUAGGGCGAGGUGCACAGUAG